AUGGUCACCCACAGCAAGUUCCCCGCCGCCGGGAUGAGCCGCCCCCUCGACACAAGCCUACGCCUCAAGACGUUCAGCUCCAAGAGCGAGUACCAGCUGGUGGUGAACACAGUGCGCAAGCUGCCGGAGAGCGGCUUUUACUCGUGGUCGAGGCGGCACUUCUUCACCCUCAGCGUCAAGACGGAGUCGGGCACCAAGAACCUGCGCAUCCAGUGCGAGGGUGGCAGCUUCUCCCUGCAGAGCGACCCCCGCAGCAGCCAGCCCAUGCCCCGCUUCGACUGCGUGCUCAAGCUGGUACAUCACUACAUGCCACCCACACCCUGCGCCGUCCCCGAGCAGUCGGGGGAGGCCCUGCACCCCAAACGCACCUACUAUAUCUACUCGGGUGGCGAGAAGAUCCCCCUGGUGCUGAGCCGCCCGCUCUCCUCCAGCGUCUCCACCCUGCAGCACCUCUGCCGCAAGACCGUCAACGGGCACCUGGACUCCUAUGAGAAGAUGACUCAGCUGCCAGCUCCCAUCAAGGAGUUCCUGGACCAGUACGAUGCCCCCCUCUAA